AUGUAUGGGUUUUCGUAUUGGAUGCUCCCGGUCGUCUCGGGGCUGUCGUGGCUCGGCAUGCUCCUCGGCAUGCUCAUCGGCUGGACCGUCGGGACACACCGCGAGCACUAUGCCAACAUGAAGGCGAGCCAGUCGGUGGCCUACAUCAGCGACGUGGGCGCAUCGCCGCGCUUCAAGCCCGUCUUCAUCGCGCUCUGCUGCGUCACGACCGCCUUUCUGGACCUCUCCUUUGUGGCCGACCGCUGGCUGCGUCAUCGCGGCCGCCUGACUCCGAACGGCAGCACCGGCCAGAAGCUGCUGGCCGUGCUGGCCAUCGGCUUUGCCCUCGCCGGCACCGCCGGCCUCAUCCUGCUGUCCGUCUUUGACGUCGCCCAUCACAAGCGCCUGCACGACGGCUUCUUGCUGCUCUUCCUCGCCGGCUACGUGCUCGCCGCCAUCUGCGCCUGCUGCGAGUUUCACCGCCUCGGCCGCCACAACCGCGCCGUCCCUAUCCUGCGUGCUUCCUUUCGCGUCAAGCUCGCCUUCAUCCUCGUCGAGCUCGUCCUCGCCAUCGUCUACGUCUGCCUCACCUUUACCCACUCGCCCAAUGGCGGCGCUGUCAUCGAGUGGGUCAUCGCCUACGUCUUCACCCUCUACGUCCUCUCCUUCGCUGUCGACCUCUAUCCGGCUGUCCACACCCGUCACGGCCUGCCGCCCAAGAGCGCUGCCGAGACCGUCGGCGACUCUGAAUUCGCUGGUCCCGAAUCCAAUCCCGUCCGCCUCGCUAGCCUCAAUACCAACACUGCUGCUGCUUCUGCCCCCGUCGACUCGGAAGCGCCUGCCGAGAUGCACGACGCCUAUGGCCAGAGUGCGGCUCGUGCUACUCGAGCCUCUCGCUCGUCACGUGUUCAGCAGGACUCUUACGCUGCUGACUACGCCGCCGGCAACGGCAACACCUUUGAGCCUGGUCGGGCUUACAGACACCGACAUGAGCUUUCGGGGACCAUGUAG